GUCCAGGACUCGUCAUCGCCGAGCAUCGCGGUGAUGACGCUCGGCAGUGACAAGUCUCCUCCAAAGACUGUCAUCAGAUCGCAACGCAGCGCCGCCCAUAACUAAUUUAACUAUCUUGUGUUACCUUGCAUUGUUAUUAGUCAGUGUGAAAUACUUCUUUCCUACACAUACAUUAAACAAUAGUAUAUUCUAAAUAACUUGUUUUUCUUGUUUUAGAAAAUGGAAAUCGAAAGCGCGAAUUGUAAGUGCCGUGUCUCUGAGUGUACAGACAUCGAGAGGCUAUCAGUCGAGCGACCUUUGAAAAUUGAAAGAGAAAUUGAUGGUUUAGAAAAUCUAGUCGCUGAGUUACACAGUGUGUUCUCGAAGGAUCACGUCAAUAUACAGGAGGUUCAGAAACUGAUGAGCGGUUAUAAAUCUGAUCCGAAACAUUGGAGGAAGUAUGCGAAGUUUGAUCGUUUCCGGUAUACACGUAAUCUGGUAGAUGCUGGGAACGGUGCCUUCAACAUCAUGAUCCUAUGUUGGGGUCCAGGUCACGCGUCACCAAUCCACGACCACGCAGACUCCCAUUGUUUCAUGAAGCUGCUCAGCGGUAGCUUGGAAGAAGUCAGAUACGAAUGGCCAGAAAACGUUCAACCGGAAGUUAUGAAAAGAAUGAAUAAGAGACAAUCGAGACGUUGCUGUUCCGAAACCAAUGAUAUAAGCAGUAAUUUAAACGAAUUAAAUAUUACCUUUGACGAAAACUGUCAAGAGAAUCAAGAUGGCGACAGUGAUUGUGAAGAUGGCGAUUACAACGUACAGAGUAUGCAAGAAAUAGGCAGGACUCGUUUGGAGAUCGAUGAUGUCUGUUAUAUAAACGAUGCACUAGGUCUUCACAGAAUGGAGAACCCGUCCCACGUAGAUGGCGCCGUGUCCCUCCACCUCUACUGCCCACCGUUCGACAGUUGUAGGGUAUUCGAUUCCCGUACGGGGAAGCCGACGAGCGUCCCGGUUACAUUCUGGUCGAUGUACGGCAAGAAAAUUAAAAGGGUGAUAGCAGCAAAUCCAGCUGAUGGUCAAGAAUAAAACGACAACAGCACCGUCGUCCUACUACUUAGUACAUUAGUACAUAAAAAUACACGGAGCAAAAAGUUAAAACGCUAUAAUUGUUUAUCACAAUAAAAGUGUACCUACGUCUAUUAAAACUCUUUAAAAUAACCGGGAAAUUACUGCAAUGGCCUCGCAAAUAUAUUAUGGGAUUCGCUAAAA